UCUUGGGUCUCGGACGGAGGGGAUAGCUUGUAGGUUUGAAUUGAGAGCGAUCAUUUGACCGUGUCCUAAACCCGUCUAGGAUGCAGAAAUGCUUAUGCAGCGACCCAAACUACAAGAUAGCACACGGCUAGGCUCCAGCGAGGUGGACGUCUCUGAAAGCGAGGUUGAUACCCCGGGGAUUUUCAAACCAUCCAUCCGGUCAUCUGUAUUCCGCUCGUACGCCGACAGAACACGACCACGAUCGUCGGGUUGCUUGCUGAAAAGCAGGGCUUAAAGUUUGAAAGACACGCGGUUGAAACCGAAAUUGUCAGGAACACUAAAAAAAGGAGAGAGAAAGCCUCCUCUGCAUUCGUCGCCGGGGCGUUAUUUCCACAUAGAAAUAGGCGAGAGAGAGAGAGAGAGCGUGCGCGAGAGAGAGCGCGACCGAGAGAGAGAGAGAGAGAGAGAGAGAGAGAGAGGUUUCUCUCACUUUGGACUGCUGUCUUUAUCAAAGCGAUGGUGUUGGACAAGGAGGAGAGUGUGUCUCUGGUGUCCCUCCAGUCAAGAGAAAAGCCCAGAGGAUGUGCCGGCUGCAAUGGGAAAAUCCGGGACCGCUUCAUGCUCCAGGCUCUGGACCGGUACUGGCACGAAGACUGUCUGAAGUGUGUCUGCUGCGACUGCCGCCUGGGCCAGCUGGGCUCCACCCUGUACACCAGAGCCAACCUCAUCCUGUGUCGCAGAGACUACCUGAGGCUCUUUGGGGUGACGGGGAACUGUGCAGCCUGCGGUAAGCUGAUCCCUGCCUUUGAGAUGGUGAUGAGAGCCAGGGACAACGUCUACCACUUAGACUGCUUUGCCUGUCAGCUCUGCCGCCAGAGAUUUUGCGUGGGAGACAAGUUUUUUCUCAAGAACAACAUGAUUUUGUGCCAGCUGGACUAUGAAGGAGGCCACAUCAAUGGCAGCACUGACAGGCAAGCUCAAUAAAAGAUUUUACGUGGGAGACAAGUCUUUUCCUGAACAACAUGAUAUUGUGCCAGCUGGACUAUGAAGGAGGCCAUCUCAUUGGCAACAAAGAGAGUGGCUUUAAUAAGAAGUGAUAUUCUGUUUUGGUGAGAGGAUCUGCUCAGUGCAACACAGUCCUAAAUCAGCUGACCGUUUUUACCUUUCUGAACUGAUCUACAUACGGAAACAUUGUUGGAACACAUUUCAGGCAGUUAUGCCAAAUUUGGACUGUUCAAUGUGGACCUGUGUAGUUGUUAUUCGGCAAGCUGCCAUUUCCGAUCACAUGGACCAUUGAUCAAGUUCUUGAUGUGAAGAUGGAGUGAUGACAUUAACUUGAGGACAUUUUCUAAAGGUCAGAGCACCUGACAGAGCAGAAUUGCUACAGUUCUGCUUUGUGUUACUUUAAUGGUUAAACAAAUUGCAUCUGACCACACUUGAGCCUAAAGGUUUGCAAAUAAUAAGUUUCUAAAUUUUUAACACUCUCUAUGAAGCAUUAGAUGGGUGAUGUUUGGCCCAUCAGGACAAUUCAGAAAAUGUCAAGUAGGUAAUCAAUCCCAGAGGUAUACCGAAUUGACUUUAUUGUUUCCUGUGAGUCUGUGUGAAUUUUCUGACACUCACUAUAUCGUCCAAAGUGGCAAACCCCACCUCUCUGACAUGUAAUUAGCCUAAAACAAUCUAUAAAAGAUAUUUGCAUUCCCUGUUCAAAGUAUUUGCAUAUAAUGUUUAGUUUGACGACUGAGGAGGACUUUGCAGACAUCACUGAGUUAUGUCAAACUUUAACACUGUUGUAACUGUGUUUCAGUGUCUUUCUGAGUUGUUUUUUCCCCCCCAGAGUAA